GGCCAGGUUUUCUUUGGCUGUAGCAGCCACUGCGAAGAGAAGGGCUGGUGGGGAGGGAGUACAGUGGGACCACUCCGCGCUUCCUCUUAAAGGGCUCGCUAUUGGGAUGGCCACCAGGUGGAGGACGGAGCGGUGAUUUCGAGGGGCCACUGAACUGCUGCCAGGAAUCAGAUCGUGUGUUGUUUUUUUGGUCGUUUGCAAAGUUUCCUAGAGGGGGAACAUAAGCGAACGCCGGCACAUGAACCGGUCGCCGCCUCAAAGGAAAGGCCUGUGCAAGCAUACCUCGAGAAUAAGGCGAAUCUGAAACCGAGUCGUCCAUAUCUGCAGCCGUCCGAGCGUGAGGAGCGGGGGUUCCAGAAAUGAAGCCAGUGUGUGCAGCCGAUUAAAUAGAAGUCUUGUGUUUUGACGUAUUUACAGUGGAAUAAAUGUCCGCGGACCAGUUAGAUUAAAUAGGGCGUAGCGUCUGCAGCAAUCAUUACUAGUUUAAAAAAAAGACUUUUAUUCCAUUACCCCACCACCCGCCCAGCAACACUCACCGGGUUACAUACUUUUCCUUUCAAAGAAAGAGAUGACGACUGAGAACCCGCAGCAGCAUUUGGAUCCUCCGGCGUCUGUCAGGUCCAGCCCGGUUCCCGGAGUGUUAAAAUCGGCCUUGAUCAGCCAGCAGUCGCCGGCGAUGGAAAACUCCGCCUUGGCCAAAAUCAAGAAGACCAACGGUGGGUUGCGGCGGCCGGAGAAGCCCCCUUAUUCUUACAUCGCUUUGAUCGUAAUGGCUAUACAGAGUUCCCCGACCAAGAGGCUCACCCUGAGCGAGAUCUAUCAGUUCCUGCAAACCCGGUUCCCCUUCUUCCGAGGGUCUUACCAGGGAUGGAAGAACUCGGUGCGUCACAAUCUGUCGCUGAACGAGUGCUUCAUCAAAUUGCCCAAAGGACUCGGCAGGCCAGGGAAGGGACAUUACUGGACCAUCGACCCUGCCAGUGAAUUCAUGUUUGAGGAAGGCUCCUUUCGCCGUCGACCCAGAGGGUUCCGUAGGAAGUGCCAGACGCUCAAGCCCAUGUACAGGAUGAUGAACGGCUUGGGAUUUGGCCCCUCCAUUAUUCCCCAAACCUUCGACUUCCAGAAUCCCGCUGCUUCCCUGUCCUGCCACGCCAGCGGUUACAAUCUGGAGAAUAGCCUCAGCAUGAUGAGCAAUUCCUUAUCAGGGAACUAUGAUGGACUCAGCAGCGGGCAUCAUAUCCCCCACAUGUCCCCUAACCCUGGCUCGACUUACAUGGCCAGUUGCCCCGUGUCUUCCGGUGGAGAGUAUGGUCCCGAUAGUAGCAGUAGCCCGGUGCCAUCGUCCCCCGCUGUGGCCAGUGCGCUGGAGUGCCACUCGCCAUACUCAGCCUCAUCUGCCCCAUGGUCAUCCUCGGGAGGAUCCCCGUACAUUAAGCAGCAGAGCCUGGGCCCCAUCAACUCCGUCCCUUCCAGCCUUCACCCCAGCAUGUCCACCUACUCGCUGGAGCAAAGUUACCUGCACCAAAACACAAGGGACCCCGCAGAAAUCACAGUGGGCCUACCUCGUUAUCAGACUCACUCCUCGCCCGUAUGUGACAGAAAAGAUUUUGUGCUCAAUUUCAAUGGGAUUUCAUCUUUCCACCCAUCGGCUAGCGGGUCAUACUACCAUCACCACCACCAGGACAUCAAACCGUGUGUCAUGUGAAAACCUUCUUUUAAAUCAGCUUCGAUUUAGUGCGUAUUUAAUUUUUAGUAUUAUCAUUAUUGAUGUUAAAUCCAAGCCAGGGUGCGACAUGGCAGAGUUGGAAGCUUUACAUCGAUCCGUGAUCUUCAUCAUAAACAAGCCGCUGGUGACAUGUUAGUAUUUCUAGAUCAGCGACGCUGCGGACAAUUAAAAAAAAAAAAAAGCGAAUCGUCUCCUUUGCUUGAGUUCCGUGGAUCCAAACAAGAAAUAAUUUAGGAUAAGACAAACUGUCCGGAUGACUCGUCAAAUUAGUUAAGAAUGAAGAAAUGGUGCAUAUUCCAAGCGACAAAUUAUUCUAUAGCAGCAUUCGAUUCCUAUAUCAAUAUUAACGAGCUGGAUGUUUAGUGAUGAGCUUUAGUGCAUUCUAUUUAUAUAUAAAUCUUGGAAUCAAAACGUCAAACUUGAUACUCUGACAGUAUCACAUACUGAUACGAAAGGUUUUGCGAGGAAUAUAGAAUUUUUUUUGCCAUAAAAUAUAAUAAGGCACAUGUAUGCACGCUUUUAUAAAUAAAUACAGUUGAAUAUAAUUGCACUUGAAAAUGUAUACUUAUGAAUCAUUGUCAAAAGAUUUUGAUGUUAAAAACGAAUUUCAAUAAAAAAAAUCCGAAUCACGUUUACUACACUUGUCUUGCAAUCAA